GGGACUUCCGGUAGCGCAGGUUGGACAUAAACUGACAGACUUCAUCUCCUUAAAUUUGGAAGAAAACCCGAAGGACGACGCGUUACAAGCAUAGAAACAAUUGUAAUGGUUUUCCGGCAUGGACGACAUAAACCUCCAUUACCGCUUUCUGAACUGGAGAAGGAGAAUCAGAGAAAUUCGUGAAGUGCGAGCAGUGCGAUACCGGGAACGUCUGAAAAAGAUGCUUAGAGAUGGAGACAUACUCAGGUAUCAUGGGAAUUCAGAUGAAGUUGGCUGUUUUGUUGCUGCCAGGCCGUUGUCGAAGAGAAAUCGCUAUUAUGAAGUGACCAUCAUCGAUACAGGGGUGAGGGGGAUGAUUGCUGUUGGUUUGGUGCCACAGUUAUACAAGCUGGACCACCAGCCGGGCUGGCUCCCACAGUCUGUGGCUUUUCAUGCAGAUGACGGAAAGCUGUAUAAUGGAAACACUGUAGGACAGCAGUUUGGUCCAAAAUGCUGUAGAGGUGACAGAAUCGGCUGUGGGAUAUCUCUGGAUUCUGAUGAUGGACAGUUAACAGUGUUUUUUACCAAGAAUGGCAAAGAAGUCGGCGCUGUGGAAGUACCGGGAUCUCCUGAAGCUCUGUAUCCAGCUGUGGGGAUGCACUCUCUCGGAGAAGAAGUGUUGCUGGACCUGAACGCUGAAUGGGGGAUGGAGGAAGAUGAUGGACAGAUGAUAGUGGACAGUCAUGAAGAGGACUGGAACCGUCUCCAUGAUGUCAAGGUUACUGGCACGCUGCUGGAGUACGUGGGUAAAGGGAAGAGCAUCGUGGAUGUUGGCUUGGCUCAGGCGCGGCGGCCUCUCAGUACACGUUUCCACUACUAUGAGCUGGAGAUCACAGACGCAGGAGAGAAGUGUUACAUCGCCCUGGGGCUGGCACGCAGGGAUUAUCCUAAAAACAGACAUCCAGGUUGGAGCAGAGGGUCCAUAGCCUAUCAUGCAGACGAUGGAAAAUUGUUCCAGGGCAGUGGGGUCGGGGACCCGUUUGGACCGCGCUGCUUUGAAGGGGACAUUAUGGGCUGUGGGAUUAUGUUUCCACGUGACUACAGCCAGGAGGCUGGAGAUGAUGUUGAUGACUGGGACCUUGAGGUUUUUCAAAAGCCCAGUGAGGUUCAGAACGACAUGUAUGUAAACAAUGAAGAUGAGGAGGAUGAGGGAGAAGAUUUGGAUGGGAAGAAAGUCAUGGUGUUCUUCACUAGAAAUGGGAAGGUGGUGGGCAAGAGGGAUGUAUCCUUACCUGUAGGAGGCUUGUUCCCCACAAUCGGCAUGAUGAGCACUGGGGAGAAGGUGAGGGUGGACCUGCACCCCCUCAGUGGCUGAGCAGAGGGGAAGCAGCAAAUACAUACUGUAAUACCUCUGAAAGAUCAUCAGGCUGCAAGAUGUUACUUGAAAAGUCACUCCAGUGGUGAAAAUGGUUUCCUAAUGCUUUAAAAAAAAAAAAAAUGACGUUCUGGCAGAAAUCUUCAUCAGGAAUGAUCAAAACCUAUUUUUAUACAUUUGGCUCAAUGAAGUGCUUUAUAAUGAACCAUUUUGACUGAACAAAAUGGUUUUGUGAGAGAAAAACUUGUAAUGUAACAUUAAAUGCCAAAAAAGAGAGACUCUCACCAGAAUAAUGAAUGUAAACAUCUCCCCAGUUCACCAGUGGAGCAGAUAAUAAGCAGAGAUGUACCGUAGAUCUAGUGUUCAUACCUGGUGCUCUGCUGUGCUGCUUCCCGCUGAUGGUAUGUUACUGACACCCAGUGGUGAGACUGAUAUCCUCAAGUACAAUGCUGACAAAACAAAACCAAAACCCAGUGCUGUGUUUGGGGCAAGGUCUUUAUAGAAAGCUGCUUUAUCGCUGUGGUUCUGUUCAAGUAUUUCUGCUUGUUCUGACAUGUAACUGCAUACAGGUUCUUCAGGUGUGUACCAUAUUGUUCACAUUAAGCACACACAAUAAUAAAAGUAAAGUCAAUUAAAGUAAUGCCAAACUCCUCUGGGGCCACUUGGCUCUCCAUGAUCGUCCUGGAACUUCAUAGAAAGAAAAAAUGUCAUUUGUAUUUUCUGUGCAUUUGAGGUUCUUUCGACCACAAUGAUUCCAAAUGUGACAAGAAGGGAAACUAUCUAGAGCAAGAGAAAUAACUGUAAAGACAGCAAUAACUGAGGAUUAAAAUGGCGUCUCAGUGAAUUUGUUACUACCAUGAAUUUGAAUAUUUCUCAUAAAUCUGAAUGAUGAAAACGAAGCCAUCCUGAUGUUUUCUGCUCUCAGGUGUGUUUGAUAAUCAAAUGAAACUCUCUUUUCUGGGGUUAUUUUUGUGAUAUUGCUGUAAUUUAAAGACAACCAUUGAUUGCCACAAACAUGUUCUGCCUUUUUUUUUUAAAUGUUUUUUGUUUGGUGACUCAAAAUCAAGUCAUGGUUUUCAUAAUGAAUCUAUUUUUUUAUUCGACUGUCAAAGUAGAAGAUUUGAUGUUUUUCCCUCCUGGUUCUUCAGUCAAUGGGAAAGUAAUAUUUACAACAGAAAGAAUUGAUUUCUUUUUGCAGCACCAAAUCCUGCACACAACACUUACUGUACUUAUCUACAUAAUAGAUAUAGAUUUGACCUGUGAUACUGUAUGUCAUUGUUUUCUUUUUUUUUUUUUAAAUCCUUCAGAAGUUUGACAGAUACGAGAACUUUGAAAGGACGCUUUGCAACCAAACUGCUUUGACAUAUUUCAACUAAUCAGCAAAGUGCCUCUGCGAUUACAUCCAAUCUGGACCCUGCACUGAAUACAGCAGGUUGUAGGAUUCAGGUUGAGAUGUUGGAAAUGAUUCACCUGGAUAUUGGAGGAGCCAACCAUCACUAGACUGUGCUGGUCACUCAGAAGAUCUUACAAAUACUUAAUACGUCUAUUUUUGGAGUUUUGUUUGGGGGAAAAAAAGUUUGAUGCGUCCAUGAAUUGCCUUCCUGUUUGACAACAAGUGUUAAGACUUUUGUGUUCAUGUGAUGCUAAUUGUGCUGCUAAUUCUGUGCUGGGGAAACUCUGCACAUGGUCACAUCAGCCUGUACUGUAGACAAAGUGUACUUAUAUGGUGCCUGACAUUUUUAAGAUUAAACCUGUUUUUCUUAAAGUAAUCAA